GUCAGAGCAUUCUACAUCGACAAUCCUGAAAGAUCAGUUACUUUGGAGGAAUUGGAACAAUCGGUGGGUGUAUUGUACACUUUCAUUGAUAACAAGGACUAUGAAACUCGUAUUCAAGAAAUCUGCAAGGAAAGAGGAUACGGCCAUCGUUCAAUGGUCUACUUGUACAAGGAAAAGAUGCCAAACAUUGAUGAAAUGCUUCCUAAAUUCUUUGAUGAACAUAUUCAUGAAUUUGAAGAAAUUAGAUACUUUGUUGACGGAUCAGGUAUUUUCGAUGUUAGAGACAAAUCCGAUGAAUGGAUUAGAAUUCUUGUUGAAGCUGGUGAUUUGCUUGUUUUACCUGCUGGUAUUUAUCACAGAUUCACUUUGGAUGAUAAGAAGUAUGCUAUUGCUAUGCGUUUAUUCUUGGAAUGUAUGGCUGAACCUAUUUGGACUCCUCUUAAUCGU